UUAGUGUUAAUUUUAUUAUUGUAUCUGUGUGAUGCCUAUGUAUUCGACAUCUGUAUUACAUUCAAAGUCUUAAAUAUUUCAACAUCUGGAAGGAUCUUUGAUUCGUCUGGUGCUAUUUCUUGGGAAUAUUGCCAUUUGCCAACACAAAGAUUUUUUGAAUGAUGGAAUGAAAAUUGCGAAGCAAUAUACUAAUAUACUUUGAUGUAAAAAUCUAAUUUAAUAAAUGUCGGGUGAAAAGUCCAUGGAGGAAGUGAUGGGGUUUGGCGGGUUCGGAAAAAAGGCAAAAACUUUCGAUUUGGAUGCAUUAUUUGAAGAAACCAGGAGAAAUGCUCAGGAAAGAAGUAAAAAAGUUUUAGAAGAAAGAGAGAAUCCAAAUGAAGAAAAGCAAGAUGCACAGAAGGAAGGGAGUGAUGAUGAAUUUAUUGGGCCUCCUAUUCCUUCCGGAAUCGACAGUCAAACUACUGACAAUAUUGAAGAUGAUAACUCAAUCCAGCAAGGAUCUUCCAAAGCUGAAGGUCAUGUUGAUCCCACUGAUGAUGGAGAAAAUAUCACAGUAGUUCCUGCAACCCACGAGAUAACCCUCACACACGGAGUGAAAGCAGUUUCUGCUCUUGCAUUGGAUCCCGCUGGUGCUAGACUUGUAACUGGAAGUUAUGAUUUCGAUGUUCAUUUGUGGGAUUUUGCUGGCAUGGACAACAGCCUUCAGUCUUUUAGACAGUUUACACCCUGUGAGUGUCAUCAGAUAAAGAAUAUUCAAUACAGUAGCACUGGAGAGAAUGUGCUGAUUGUUGCAGGAAAUUCUCAAGCUAAAGUUUAUAACAGAGAUGGAUUUGAAGUUCUUGAAUGUAUAAAAGGAGAUCAGUAUCUUUCGGACAUGUAUAGAACUGCGGGUCACAAUGCUAUGUUAAACAGUGGAUGUUGGCAUCCUAAAGUUAAAAGUGAAUUCAUGACUUGUUCUAAUGAUGGCACAAUAAGAACAUGGGAUGUAGGUUCAGAGGGGAAAAAGUGCAAGAGCGUAAGGAAAUGUAAAGACAAAUCAGGUCGUCGUGCAAUACCGACAUCCUGUUGUUAUAGUCGUGAUGGAAAACUUCUCGCUGCUGCUUGCAACGAUGGUUCUAUUCAAUUAUGGGAUGAAAAAAUGAAGGUCCACACUUCACAUAUAUUGCAUGGAUGUCAUAGUCAUGGUACUGAUACAUCAUCGAUAUGUUUUUCAUACAAUCAACAUUCUUUUUGUACGAGAGGAGGAGAUGACACUGUGAAAAUGUGGGAUAUUCGACAAUUUAAAAGACCGACUGCCGUUGCACAGAAUUUAGAAAACUUUUUCCCCAUGACUGAUUGCGUAUUUAGUCCAAAUGGAAAGUUGGUUGUGACUGGGAUAUCUGUGAGGAAGGGUAAAGGACCAGGAAAACUUAUAUUCCUUGAUUCUGAUAGUUUGGAGAUUCUUAAUGAGAUGGAAAUAUGUGACACUAGUGUUGUGAGAUGUUUAUGGCAUCCCAAACUUAAUCAAAUCAUGGUAGGAACAGGAGAGGGAACGGCUAAAGUUUUCUACGAUCCAAAAAGAAGUGUUCGAGGAGCUAAACUUUGUGUUGUUAAACGAAGACAAAAAACUAAUCAUGCCGAAGUUUUUAUCAGACAUAAAAUUAUUACACCAUACUCACUACCAAUGUACAGAGAGCAACGGGAGAGAAGUACAAAGAAACAAUUGGAAAAAGCAAGAAAGGAUCCAGUUAAAUCAAGAAAACCACAACCACCAUUAUCAGGCCCAGGUGCUGGUGGUCGAAUUACUGCUCACGGCGGCACUUUAUCAUCAUACAUCAUGAAAAAUAUUGCUAAGAAUACAGCUGAUGAUUCAAAUCCCAGGGAAGCAAUUUUACGUCACGCAGAAGCUGCGGUUAAAAAUCCAAAAUGGGUUUCUCAUGCUUAUGUUGAUUCACAACCUACACCAAUAUUUGAAGAAGAAUCAGAGGAAGAACCGGAAGAACUUGAACCAGCAUGGAAAAGAUUAAAAAGAAAUAAAGAAUCUGCUGCAAAGAAAAAAGAAGAGGAGAAAGAAGGAAAAUGAAUCUAAGAUAUUUUUUUUUAAUUUGGAAUAGCGAUAUGGUUGGCAGAAACCCUGCAUAUAUCCAACCAGUUUUUUGUGAGCAAGGGCUGUCGAAUGAAUCUCUGUUUCAUGAUCGGAGUUGAUUUUUUCAAUGAUACCAAAAACCAAACUAGUGUCUGUGUCUAGCUUGCUUACAUCGCUAUCAACUGUAUUCUAAUGGAAACUAAAGAUUUCUCGUUUCCUCCAGAUUUUCCUUCACCAGUAUAUUGGAAUAUUUUUUCAUAUGAACAAGGGUUUCGCGGGUUGUAUGAAUUACAAUAUGUCUUUUUAUGUCUACUUUUUUAUUACGGUUGAUGCCUAAUACACACAAUUUUAUAAAUUGAA